CUUCCGCUUCUAGUAAUGUAACCGAAGAAAAGCCUGCACCCACUUUGGCCGAAGUGGAAGACUUGCAACUUGACGAAGACGAUUUCAAAAUCCUCCGUGAUGAUAAGAUCUCCGGACGUGAUUUCCUCAAAUUGGGCAGAGAUGAUUUCGAACGACAUGGAAUGAAGUUAGGGCCUGCCUCAAGAAUUGUGGACUUUGCCAAGGAGUAUGGUGUGGAAGCCAUUCCAUUGUUCGAGCUUCCGCGAUACGAGAUCGAAGACAAUGACCAGCAUUUUGCACAUUGCAUGGCUGAUAUUUUGUUCAGGAUGAAGCAUUACGGGUCUUUAGUCUUGGAUAGUUUGGAAUCCAUGCGAAACGAAUACGUAUCGACAUUACUCCACACAGCUCUCCAUAUCGCAGGAGACUUAACUAGGAAAGAAUUUAGCAUGAGACCAGAAUAUGAAAUCGUUGGUGAUGAAAGUUCCGGACGAGUUGAUUAUGGAAUCAAGGAGUCUGAAAACCUAAUCUGCGUUACUGAAGAUAAGGUUCAGCGUAGUAUACUCGAAGAGAUUUCUCAAGCAAGUGAGGUUCCCUAUAGCAUCGAAUUCAACAAGAAGGCUUUGGAAAAAAAACUCCGAGGAAUACCAAACAUUUUUAAGGGUGUGAAAAAGGUAUUGGGUAUAAUCGUGGAGUUGUUAAAGGAUCGGGCUUGUGUGGAAAAGUCCCCAGAUAGCAAGAGAGCUAGGGUUGAGGGAUAUCGCACUAAAAAAUGA